AUGAAGACCUCAGCAGCUCUUACCUUUUUGGUCGCCACCCUGGCCUAUGCCAGCCCUACUGGCGUCCUUGAGAAUCGCCAGCUCCUCGCAGGCCGAGUCGGUGCCACAGCCAAGGAGUUCACCAAUGGCGGUUGCAAGCAGAUCAUCAUGAUAUUCGCCCGCGGAUCUACCGAGAUCGGCAACAUGGGGGUUAUCUGCGGUCCACAAACUGCCAACGGUGUCAAGUCCGCCUUUGGCGCUAGCAACGUUGCGGUUGAGGGCGUCGACUACGCCGCCGGUCUCACAACCAACUUCCUCCGCGGCGGUGCCGACCCCGCCGGCAUCAGCGAGAUGAAGCGACUUAUCGCAAAGGCCAACUCCGAGUGCCCGGAUUCGAUGCUUGUGGUGGGUGGCUACUCGCAGGGAGCGGCCCUGACGCACCGGGCCGUCGAGAACCUUCCGCAGGCGCAAAAGGACCAGAUCAAGGCGGCGUUCACGUUUGGCGACACCCAGAAGCAGCAGGACCGCAACCAGAUCAAGAACUUCCCCACGGAUAAGACAAACAUCAUCUGCCAGCCCGGUGACCUCGUCUGCGUCGGCACACUGACCAUCACCCCGGCUCACCUGACCUACGGCACCAGGGCCAACGAGCAGGUCAAAUUCAUCACCAGUGCGCUGCAGGCUGCCGGCGCCACCAGGGCUUAA